CCUGUCUCCGUGUUGUCUCACUCUCUCGCACACACUCUGCCGGCCAGUCUCUUUCUAGAUUUAUUCCCAGCACCAGGAAUUAUUUCCUGAGGUGAGGUUUGUGCUUGAAGCGUUCAGUUCCGGAGUGCCCAGCGGAGAGCCGGAGGCAGCGGCAUCUGGCAAAAGAAAGAGAGAAAGGAAAGCGCUGCAGAUCGGGAAGGAAAGAGAGUAGGAAUGCAAAGAAUCCAAGGCGAAUAAGAGGCUGCUCGGUUCUUCGUACUUCUGCCCGUCGCCUGACGCCUUUCCAGUCCAACCUCGAAGAAGUUGGAUUGGAGAAUGGUUCAUUUUAAAGCUUAGGAAAAUCAAUAGAGGUUAACAAAUAUCUUAAGGGGAAAAUUGCAUUCCCUUCUGAAGGUUAAGUCAGCAUCUAUUGCUGACAAACCAGUAUGGGCAGACGCUAUCCUGGAGUUUCUUAUUAUCCAUACAACUCACUGAUGCUCUUGCUGGUCGCAAACCCACUGUUGAUGCAGCAAAAAGGAGAACUUGAUGAAGCUGUGCAAAAAUACAAUCAAGACAGGGAAAUUGAAGAAUAUCUCUACACUUGAUAUCAGAUUGUAAUCUAUAUCCAGAUAUCUCCAUUGUUGAAGUCCCCCCCCCGUGAUUCAUGUCUGAACUGCUUCCAGUUGAGUCCUCCAUGGAGAUCAUGUCUGUAUAUGUGGCUUCAAAUGGCAGCACGACAGAUGUGGUGAAUCGGAAUGCCCAUGCAACACCCCCCAACUCUCUGAGCCUACGUUCCUCUCACAAUGAACUGCUCAAUACUGAGGUAAAGCAUACUGAGGUCAAGAACAACACACCACCUAAAUGUCGCAAGAAGUACGCCAUGACUAGUAUUCAGAGUGCCAUGGGUUUGAGUGAACCAUCAGCACAACCCUUAUUGAGUGGCAAUUCACCCUCUUCCACUGCCAACUCUUCCACAUCUGCAAACCCUAAACUAGCCAAAAAUGGGGAAAACCAGCUGCGCAAAGCAGCCGAGCAGGAUAUGAACAAAAAUCUUACCACAUCUUCAACAGGUGGUGGUCGCAACAUAAUCUCAGAGAAACUAGAGGGCAAAGAGACCAAAGCACAGGAACCUCCCUUUUCUGGAUCAGUUCAACCUAGGAGAACCAAGAGCUUCCUUAAUUACUAUGGCAGCAGUGAUGGGUCUGCUGGGGAGGAAGAACCCUUACUUGUGGAAGAGUUAUCCAACAAGAUCAAGGAACCUCCUGCAUCAGAAGUAUUGCUGAAUGGUGACUUCUUGCCCAGUAAAAAUCAGAAUAGGCCAUCUAGUCCAGAAGAAAGCCAGAUGUCUUGUGCUUCCUCCAGCCCAGAAACUAAAAAGGAUCAUCCUAAAACAGGAGCAAAAACAGACUGUGCACUCAACCGAAUCCAAAAUUUGGCCCACAGUGAUGAAGACUCCAGCUGGACAACCCUGUCCCAGGACAGUGCCUCUCCCAGCUCACCAGAGGAAGCAGCAGAUAUAUGGAGUGACCAGUCCUUUCAAACAGACCCAGACCUUCCCCCAGGCUGGAAGAAGAUCAAUGAUAUUGCUGGCAUUUAUUACUGGCACAUACCAACUGGAACAACACAAUGGGAACGCCCUGUUUGUGUAUCAGCUGACAUAAAGGGGUCUCGAAAGGGUUCACUUAGUUCAAUCACCCCAUCAUCCACUCCAGAAAAUGAGGAGAUUACACAGAAUGAGGUCUUUUUAGCUCCUGGAAACCAUCUCACGAAUGCAACGCUUGAUGAUUCAGUGGAGCAGAUUGCUACAUCAUCAUCUGAUGACACAGUGCCAUCAUGUGGCUUUGUCAAUAGCUGUUACUUCAAACAGCCUUGGAGUGAUUUUGCUCUUCUGAAUGGGGGCAAGAUUGAUAGUGAGAUUUGGAAGGAUCUGCAAGCAGCUACAGUAAAUCCAGAUCCUAGCCUGAAGGAGUUUGAAGGAGCCACCCUACGUUAUGCGUCUUUAAAACUUCGAAAUGGGCCCCAGUCUGAUGAAGAAGAUGCAUCUAGCGUUGAUAGUGACCCGGAAGCUAAGUGUUUUGCUGUUCGUUCUCUGGGCUGGGUGGAGAUGGCAGAAGAGGACCUGGCUCCUGGAAAAAGCAGUGUUGCUGUGAAUAACUGCAUCCGACAGCUGUCCUACUGCAAGAAUGACAUUCGAGAUACAGUUGGCAUCUGGGGAGAGGGAAAGGACAUGUACCUAGUACUUGAGAACAAUAUGCUAAAUUUGGUUGAUCCUAUGGGUCGCUCCAUUCUGCAUUCUCAGCCCAUUGUAAGCAUCCGAGUAUGGGGAGUUGGUCGAGACAAUGGAAGGGACUUUGCUUAUGUGGCCAGAGACAAAGACACCCGCAUAUUAAAAUGUCAUGUGUUCCGAUGUGACACACCAGCAAAGGCGAUUGCAACCAGUCUUCACGAAAUCUGUUCCAAGAUUAUGGCAGAACGUAAGAAUGCAAAGGCUGUAGCAGGCAGCUCUUUGCAAGACAGAAUUAAUGUGGGCCUGGAUGUCCCCUUGCAAGACUUUCCAACUCCAAAGACAGAGUUGGUACAGAAAUUCCAUGUGAAUUAUUUGGGAAUGCAGCCUGUGGCCAGACCUGUAGGUAAGAAGACAGGUAUGGAUAUAUUAAACGGAGCAAUAGAAAGCCUCAUAUCUUCCUCCAACAAAGACAACUGGACACCAGUUAUUAUGAAUGUGGCUGAUGCCACUGUUACUGUUAUAAAGGAAAAGACUGAAGAGGAGGAGGAGGAAGUGCUGGUAGAAUGCCGAGUCCGUUUUCUUUCUUUCAUGGGAGUUGGAAAGGAUAUCCACACUUUUGCCUUCAUCAUGGACUCUGGAAGCCAGCAUUUUGAAUGUCAUGUAUUCUGGUGUGACCCUAAUGCUGGAAAUGUCUCUGAAGCAGUACAGGCUGCCUGCAUGUUGCGGUACCAGAAGUGCUUAGUCGCCCGACCUCCUUCACAGAAAGCCCGAUCUGCCGCUCCUCCUACGGACUCUGUGACAAGACGUGUCACAACUAGCGUUAAACGGGGAGUGUUGUCCCUCAUUGACACUUUGAAACAAAAGAGGCCUGUAGCGGAACUUCCUCAGUAAUCCACUGUUGCCUGGCUAAGAGAAGGAACCAUUGAACUCCCAUGUACAGUAGAAGUUUGUGAGGAAUUCACGACUCAACGGUCACACAACAGUACUCGGCUUUCCUCUCACUCGUCGCCAGCUCUCUGUCUCCAGUGCUUUCUCUUGCUUAAUGUACAACAAGCAUGUUCUAACAUUCUAAUCAUCAAAUGUGACGCAUGAACUCUUUUAUUUCUUUUUUUUUUUUCUUUGAGUGUUGAAGAACACUGAAGAUUAAGGCCCUCUUACUGUCCGUUUUUUAGCUGACUGUGGUCUGUGUGUUGAUGCGCCUUCCAGAUUACUGCAGUUUCAGAAAGAUCAGACUGGUGCCUGCCUCACACAGUACUGUCCCAGGAGCUCUUUGCAUAUCAGUAAAAGUGUAUUAAUGCUUUUCACUUUUUACAUCUUCAGAAAUGUUGCACUUUUAGAUUGCUUAAGCAAUGAAGCUGCAUUUUAUUUGUGCUGUCAGUACACUUUGUUAUGUAUUCCUCCGGUAUGAAGUGCUAAGUUAACUUCAUGCACUGGGGUGGAAAUCGUUUACUUAGUAGGCUGUCAACCAUAAAAGCAUUUCAGAGGAAAGAUUAGUCAAGUAUCAGCUUGACUGAAAUUUGGAAUACAGUAAUCCCUCACUUAUCGCGGGAGAUAGGUUCCAAGGCCGACCGCGAUAACUGAAUUUCCGCGAAGUAGGGACACCAUAUUUAUUUAAUUAUUUAACGUUUAUUUGGACAUUUUUAAACCCUCCCUGUAUUGUUUACAACCCACCCUUUACUCUAUUAAUAACAGGGACAACUGCUAAGCAAUAUGAAAUCGGUAGAUAAGUUUACACUUACUGUAUAGCGAAGUACACGUAGCUAUAUAUGACGUGAUGAAUAUGCUGCGCAGUAAAAAUGAUGACGAUGAAAGUGAUGAUCCCCUGAAUGCAGUAUAAAGAGCACGUUAAUAUUGAAUGAGUGAGAUGAGAUGAGACUUCCUGGUUAAUGCAGCACUGCGUCGCUGAGCCAAUCAGCAGCACACAGGAACUUAACUGCGUGCUCUGAUUGGGUAGCUUCUCAGCCAUCUGCCAAUAGCAUCUCUUGUAUGAAAUCAACUGGGCAAACCAACUGAGGAAGCAACUAUCAGAAGUAAAAAGACUAAUUGUCCGCAGAAACCCACGAAGAAGCGAAAAAUCUGCAUUAUAUAUUUAGAUAUGCUUACAUAUAAAAUCCGCGAAGUCGUGAAUCCGCGAAAAGUGAACCGCGAAGUGGUGAGGGAUUACUGUAAUGCAACAGCCUUACACGUAAUCCUUCUUGAAGUGCUUUGGGAAGGUGACCACAAAUUCAGAGUGCCCUUAGAAGAAGGUUGAGGAAGAGUUGUGCAAACUUUUCAUCGCUCCGAAAGUGGGAGCCUGUAAUGUAGCUAAAGGCAGAUUAAGCAUCCUCUAGGUGAAAGAUGGAGUAAUGUGAUGAAGUGGUCUUUUAAAAGUCGUUUAUAGAAGAGUAGUCUUUAUUUUUUUUUUGUAAAAUGCCUCUAAUAUACAACACACAAGUAAUUUUACUGUCCAUUAAUACUAUGUCCACUGUCAUUGUAUAGACAAUGCAAUCUUUAAACUGGCUAACAUGCUACCAUUCUGACACACACACCACUUCCAGUCAGAUCCACGUCUCCAGUUUGUGAAGUGGGCUCCAGUCCUCCAAAGCAGUGGCACACUUGAAAACAGCCACAGGAGCGUUACUGCCCUCAAGGACAAAAAUUGACUGGCAUGUAAGCCAAGUGCUGAGCAAACCUAAUUGUAAAUAAUUUAUAUUAAUAAUGACAACAAUUUGGAGUAUAAUCCAUGCCAAACAUUACUGUAUGUACAUUUGGUCACUUUCAGAAGCUGCUGUUUAUUUUUUUGUUUCUUUUUCUUUUUUGAAGUGGGGAGCUCCAUAUGUUCUUGUUAAACAUUUUACUCUUGUCAUGGCCAAAGCAUAACAUUUUGAUGUCUCUGUGAUGAACUGAACAAAAAACGCAAAUGAAGAAUUUUUAUUUUCUGUGCUUAGGCCAAUUAGUUGUAGCGAGACUACAGUUACCCAAGCAUUAUCUAUGCAUUCUUUAUAUCUAGCAGCUCUCAAAGCAGACAGCCAUGUCACUUUGCAUUGCAUGUCCCGUGAAAAUUUUAAAUUCUUAAGAGAAAUAUUUUUUAUUUUAUUUAUUCUAUUUUAUAUUGAAGUAUAACAGGUUAUUAUUAUUAUUAUUAUGUUGACUCGUUAUAAUUACUGUGUGCUCUUUUCUCUAUCUCAAAAUGUAUCUAGCACUAUUUGCUCUGUAUACUAAUUGUAUUAGUCAGGCUAAAAUGCAGACUUAACACAGGAAACGACAAACUGUACAUAUCUGUCAAAGUGAGCCAAAGUGUUGCUGCAGAGAGCGCCUGCAGUGAACUGACUAGUAUCCGUGACAAGCAGAGAGUAAAUUCACUCUUUUCCGAUUACAAUAAAACACCUGCCGAAUAUCCCGGUGUACUUGACGCACCGUGUCAAAGCAGCUGAGUAUUGCAUUUGAUCAACUACCAACUACAGCUUACCUUGUUCUGGGGAAUGAUAACGUUGUCCUUAAAUUACUGUUGAUGAUCUUGUUAGUUAUAAAAAAUAAAUAAAUACGUACAUAAAUGCAUGAAGGGAUUGUAGUCAUAAGAAUGUAUGUGCGUACGCUUGUGCGAGUGGGUGCGUGUUUGAAAGAGAGAUAGUAGAAUUCGUAUGACUGUGCUCAAGGCUUUUUAAUGGUAAUUUUGGUUCUUUUAUUGGGAGUGGGAGUGGGGCAGGGGUGGGGACGUUAAAGAAAAUGUAAAAGUAAGCUCUUGGAAUAAUAUAUUUGAAUUGGGACAUUGAGAAUUUAUUUAUGCUUUUAACAUCACAGCAUUCUUCUGUUUCCAAACGGAUAUAACUAUCCCGAAAUCGAUUUGCAAGCAAACUGAGCUUCUAUGAAAAUUCAAACAUUCCUAUAGUCCUACUUCUUUUUCUAACAGCACAUCCACAAGCUCUAGUACCAAUACUUGACUAAAAUACCUUGCAGUCUUCAAACCUGUGGUGACUCUCCAUCUUACUUCUGCUGUGUUCUUGAUUUAGUCCAAUUCCUGCUCUCUUGAGUAGUAUUGAAGUGCACCUGCUAUACAGUAAACAAGUUGGUUUCUUCUGCUGUUCACUAAUUUUACACCAUAUUAAUGUAAGCUGUU